UUUAAGAGGAUUAUUGCAAAGGAGAACACAGAGCAAUUACUUUCACUCAUCAUCAUCACACCUGCAUGCACACACAGAUUCACACACUGAACUCACACAGACACAAGCAAACACAGGCUGCAGUGAGGAAAAGCUCUGAGACUCGGUGAAGCAGCGGGGAACGAGCAAGGAUGCAGGAAUAUGAUAUUAUUGUGCUUGGAACUGGACUUAAGGAAUGUAUCCUCUCUGGAUUAAUGUCUCUAAGUGGGAAAAAGGUUCUUCACAUUGACAAGAAUCCUUACUAUGGAGGAGAGAGUGCGUCGAUUUCUCCCCUGGAAGAAUUGUACAAGAAGUUUAAGGUUCCAGGUCCUUUGAAAUCCACCAGCCGUGGGAAAGAGUGGAACAUUGACCUCAUCCCCAAAUUUUUUCUUGCCACUGGUCAACUGGUGAAAAUCUUGGUGCACACUGAGGUUACUCGCUAUCUGGACUUCAAAGUGAUUGAAGGCAGCUAUGUAUACAAAGGAGGCAAACUGCACAAAGUCCCUGCCACAGAAGAAGAUGCUCAUUCUUCAGAUCUGAUGGGCAUGUUUGACAAGAGAAGGUUAAAGAAGCUGCUGCUCUUCGCCCUUAACUUUGACGUGAGAAACCCUCGCACCUACCAGGACAUUGAUCCUCAGAAAACAACCACGCGGGAUCUGUUUGCUCGCUUUGACCUGGGCCUUGAUGUAAUAGAGGUCAUAGGUCAUACCAUAGCAUUACACAGCAGUGAGAGUUACCUGGACGAACCCUGUGUGGAGACUAUCAGCAGGAUCAGACUCUACGUUGAGUCUCUGACCCGCCACAACACCACACCGUACCUGUACCCCGUGUACGGGCUGGGAGAACUACCCCAGGGAUUUGCCAGACUGAGCGCAGAAUAUGGAGGAACCUUCUUGUUGAACAGAACAGUGGAUGAAAUUGUGAUGGACAACGGCAAAGUGACAGCUGUGAAAUCUGAGGGGAAGCUGUUCCACUGUAAACAGUUAAUCUGUGAUCCCAGCUACGUUCCCAAUCGGGUCAGGAAAGUCGGACGGGUCAUAAGGGUGAUCUGUUUAUUAAACCAUCCAGUUAAAAACACUCACGAGGCCAACUCCUGUCAGAUCAUCAUCCCUCAAACACAGCUCAACAGAAAGUCAGACAUCUAUAUAUCUGUAGUCUCUUUUAACCACAACGUGGCCUCAGAUGGGAUGUACAUCGCCACAGUGAGCACGACCGCAGAAACCAUCAACCCAGAAAAAGAAGUGCAGCCGGGGCUGGAGCUUCUCGAGCCCAUCAUGGAAAAAUUUGUGUCUGUCAGCAACCUGCUAGUUCCAAAAGACGACGGAACAAAGAGUCAGAUAUUUGUGUCCCGCUCAUUUGACGCAACAAACCACUUUGAGGCUGAAUGUCUAGACAUCAAAGAUAUGUACCGCCGGCUCACAGGAGCAGAGCUCAGCUUUGUGGCAUCACGACACCAGUCUCAUAACUCAGAUGAAGACUGAGACAGACUUGUGACAUCAGGACCAAAUGAUUCAACAGCUGGAAGGCUAAAAUGACAUAAUGAUAAUUAUUAUGCUGCACAGCGGUAAAGCAGUGGGUGUUAUGUAGCGUGUAGAGUGAACUCUGAGUGUGCUUUGUAAAUGUUUAACA